CCUGGUGUCCGGUUGUCUCCCUCCUUCCGGCCUGGGCGGUUCGUGGGGACGGGACCGGGCGGCGGCGCCAUGGCCGGCAUCAAAGCUUUGAUUAGUCUGUCCUUUGGAGGGGCAAUUGGACUAAUGUUUCUGAUGCUUGGAUGUGCCCUUCCUCAGUAUAGCAAAUAUUGGCCACUGUUUGUUCUGUUUUUUUACAUCCUUUCUCCUAUUCCAUACUGCAUAGCAAGAAGAGUAGUAGAUGACACAGAUGCUGCAAGUAAUGCCUGCAAGGAGCUAGCAAUAUUUCUUACAACAGGCAUUGUUGUCUCAGCAUUUGGGCUCCCUAUAGUAUUUGCCAGAGCAGAAUUGAUUUUAUGGGGUGCAUGUGCACUUGUCCUCACAGGGAAUACAGUCAUUUUUGCCACUAUCCUAGGAUUUUUCUUGGUCUUUGGCAGCAAUGACGACUUCAGCUGGCAACAGUGGUGAAAGGAGUUUAUCAGAGAACUGUCAUAGACAUCUUGUCAUUCAGUGGCCAUCCAUACAAAUGAGAGAAUGGGCAAUAAAGAGAAGUAGCAUAGCAAGCCUUUGGGAGUAUUUAGAUGCUCCUUUUCACCUUGUUUGUUGUAAGUGUACUAUUUCUGCUGGUUUGCUAAUGGAUUUUAAGGUUUUUAUUAUGUGGAAAGACGCUUUGUUUUUAUUUGUCUACAGUAUGUUUUUAGUAUCUCUUGACUUAAAUUUAUAAUUAUUCCUAUUCUGUUUUAUAGUUAUGCAACAUUUAAAUGCUGGAACCAAGAAUGUUUAAAUGUGUUUUGGGUUAAAAGUUUAUUUUAAAAGCAACAGUGAUAUCAAGUUAAAGAUAACAUGUAUCUUUUAUUAUUGACCAUGGUGACUAAAAUAUGAUGCAUAAAGGAUAUAAGGCAAGCAAUGUUGUAACCAACAUGGGACCAUUCUCACUUAGCAGAAACAUUGGUGGUGGUUGUAUUUUGGUGGGAUCAGGGAAGGAAAGGAAGGAUCACUUGCACACUUUUUUUUUCUGCUGCUCAGACCUUAUUAAGGCUGAAGAAUGGUGAUGCUGUUAAAUUGAGGAUUGGGUGACUGCUCUGCCUAUAAGCAGAGUUAUCUUUUGGGAUUUCAAAAUGUAAACACCUUUGAAAGGAGCACUUUCCCGUCCUGUUCUCUGCUCUUGUGUGGAUGUGACCGACAAAUAGCCUAUGAAUUUUAUUUAAUUUUGAUGCUAUAAAAUGCAAAACCAAAUGCAUUGUGGGGGAAGGACAACUGACACUUAAAUUCCAUUUUUAAGACCUCUUUUAAUGUUUCUAUUUAUAAGUAUUGUACAUUUUUGGUCUGUGUCAACUCUUCACAUUUUACCAAAAGGGAGGUAAAAUGUUCAUUUAUGGAACUACUGAUGUAUGUUAGUUUGCAGCAUAUAUGAAACAAUAUUUCCCGCUUCCCUUUUUUAAUUUAUUUUAUACAUAGUAUAUAUUGAGUAAAAUGGCUUUUCAAGUGUAGAUUAACACUUAAACCAUAGGUAUGUAGCUUACCUUAAGAAGAUUGAUUGCUAUACUAAUAUAUAGUAUAGUCAAAGCAUUAGUUUCUCCAAGUCUGACUGAAAUGAUGUCAGUGACUUUCUUUCAGUUCAUGCAUUAUCUGUUAACAAGACAAUGUUAUGUCAAUAAGUGUAUUUCUUGUUCUGUAAGGUUAUAUCACAUGUAGUUUUCAAUAUUUAAAGCAAGUUUUCUGCAUACCUCUCACCUGUCUGUUUUUUUUAAUUGAUCGUGGAUUUUAUUCUGACUUUCCAUUGUGGUGCACAGUGAAUGAAUUUAGAUUAGCCAGGUUUGACUGUAAUUGAUGCAACAGUAAACCUGACCAAAAAGGCUUCUGACUUAUUUUUCAAAAGAGUAGCAAGCCAACUAUAUGCGCAUGAUAAAAACUGGUGACCUAAUUUACCGGUGCAGCAGUAUGAAAAGUCCAGAUUAAGGAGGUUUGCCUGUAUUUUGUUUGAAAAGAGAUUAAUUGAUAUGUAUAGAUGUAAACAAAACAUUAAGCUCUAUGAAGUCUGAUAAUCAUGGUAGUUACACACACAAGUUCAGGGAAUUGAUUUCUGUAUGGAGACAUGAAAGAUUGGGUGGCACAAGUGUGUGCCUGUUUGUUAAAACCACACGAUAUUAAGAAUGAGAACUGAACAGUUCUACCCCUAGCACAACAUGAAUAGAAGAGCAUCAGGGUGAAGGUGCAGAGCAUUUCAGCCACCUGCAAAGGUUCACCAGAAACCUGUGGAGAUUUUGAGACAUGCCUGAGGGAUUUAGAAGCAUAAAUGUCAUGACUUUCAGUGGGACUUGUCCAUCUAAGUAGUUGGGUGCAUUUGAAAAUCUCUUAAACCAGUGGCUAAAUAUAUAGCCUUAGCCUUCACAAAGAGAGUAGUAGCCUCAGAGUCCUUUAAUGACCUGACUAGUUACCAAGGUGGUUUCUAAUUUUUUUUGUCUCUGUUCCCAUGUAACUUUCUAAUUAAUGUAUUGCCCUGCUACUGUUUCACUCACUUGGCCAAGAAAUCUUUUAUGUUUAACAGCUAUGUAUUUUCCUGUGUGUUAAUCCUGUUGACAGCAUUGUGUUCUUGAUCUGGCAUACUACUUGGAUGUAACGCUGUCUCCUACUUCCAGUGUAGACACUUGAGAGGUAUGACUUCUCCAUCUAAUAUGCACUGAAAUAGCAUUGCCAUCCUUCUAUAGAAAAAACUUUUGAUGAUGAAACAAUAAAACAUUUUAAAUACCA